AUGAAGGGGACGAGGAGGGUCAGCGUGAUAGCGGCAGUGGCAGAAAAUGGGGUAAUUGGCCGCAAGGGCGCUCUGCCAUGGCGUAUACCGGAAGAUUUCCGUUUCUACCUUGGCAAGGUGCGGGACCAGAUCAUCAUCUUAGGGCGCCACUGCUUCUACGAGGCCGACCACCCUGCUGCACUCACCAUCGCCCUGUCCCGAAACCCGCAAUGGCAGCCCUCGCCGCUGAAGUCGUUCGUCCUUCCUCAGAGCGGAGGGAGGCGGUGCAUGGUGGCCCGAUCGCUGCCUGAAGCACUGCAGCUCGCGCAGGACUUCCGUUUUAGUACAGAGCAGGACCAGAGUACAGACAAGGAGAUACUAGUGUGUGGUGGUGCGAAGGUGUUUGAAGAGGCCAUGCCGAUCGCCACUCGCCUCUACCUCACUCGGGUGCAUGCGGAGGUGGAAGGCGACACCUUCUUUCCCAGCGACUGGAGAGCUCAUUUCCCCGUCCUGGUGAGCGAGCGACCCAGCGCCGACCCCAACUACCACUACACCUUCUGCAUCUUCGAAAAGGCGUGA